UGGGAGGGGCCAGCUGGCUGGAGCACCUGGUUGGCGUGACGGGGACUUGAAACACCGACCCUGUCGGUUUUGUGUGCAGCGAGGUGGUAAAAUAUUACAGCACGCCUACAAUCUGAAUGUAAUCAACGCAACCACCCUGUCCUUCUACUCGUCCUAGACGCAAUCCUGCUUUAUCAGACACGACUCGUGCGCUUUGGGGAUGUACCAUGCCCUUCCCACCCUAACGUCAGGUAAAGCUCGGACCCGAGUCUCCCUGCGAGGAUGGCCUCCGAGGAGCAGCUGAACGGGGGCAGCCAGUCUGACAGCCGCCUCCAGACCAGGAAACCGCCCAGCCUCGUCAUCAACAUCCCCCCACCAGAGGAGGACAAGGGGGGGAGCAGCAAGCUGCUCCGGCCGUCUCUGAAGAAGAGUGGAAGCCACCCUGGGUCAAGAGAGGGGCAGUCUGACAGCGACGCCCAGGAGAGACGCGGUGCUUUCCAGAGACAGAGCUCCCUCUCGCAGAGCAUCCGCAGGGGCACUGCGCAGUGGUUCGGAGUGGGCAGCGACUGCGAGAGCAAGCAGCAGGAGUGGCAGCGCAAGAGUGUGCGGCACUGCAGCCAGCGCUAUGGGAAACUCAAAGCACAGUACAGGGACCUGGAGCUACCCAGCCAGGACGGGCAGGAGUCCCCUGCACCCUGCAAGCUGCCAAAGAUUGUCGACCCUCUGGCUCGCGGGCGUGCGUUCCGGUACCCUGAUGAAACGGAUCAGCCGCGGACCCCCCACCACACCCACCCUCCUCAGACCCCGGGCGUGACGUCGCUCAGCUCCUUCACCAGCGUGCGCUCCGGCUACGCCCGCCUGCCGGCCAGGAAGAGGGAGUCUGUGGCACAAAUGAGCUUCCGCGCCGCCGCCUCCAUCUUCAAGGGGCGCCCCGUGCUGUCCAGCUCGCUGCCCAAGAGGAGCCUCCCCCGACGCAGCUUCGCUCGGCCCAGCUGGCUGGAGGAGGACGGCGUGGACGCAGCAGACACCUUUGACUCCUCCUUUUUUAGUAAGAUGGACAUGCACGAGGAGAUGUGCUCGAUGGCAGACGAUGUGUUCGAAUCCCCCCCGCUCUCAGCCAGCUACGUCCCCCCUCACCCAGCGCCCUUCGGAGGAGACAUGCAGCCAGGGGAGAGCCUGCAGCCCAGCCUUAAGGACGCGUCGAAGACCCCCGCUGUGGGAGGAUCCCCCCCUCGCAGGGGCCGGCGCAUCGCCUCGCAGGUGAAGCACUUUGCCUUCGACAAGAAGAGGCGUCAGUACGGGCUGGGGGUGGUGGGGAAGUGGAUGAACCGCACGUACCGUCGCAGCCUGAGCAGCACCGUGCAGAAACAGCUGGAGGACUUCAACAGCCACAGGCCCUACUUCACCUACUGGAUCACGUUCGUUCACAUCCUCGUCACUCUGCUGGCCAUCGGCACCUACGGCAUCGCCCCUGUGGGAUUCGCGCAGCAUGUGUCCUCUGAUCUGGUCCUCCGAAACAAAGGGGUGUACGAAAGUGUGAAAUACAUACAGCAGGAGAACUUCUGGAUAGGACCCAGUUCAGACUCGCUGAUCCACCUGGGUGCUAAGUUCUCCCCGUGUAUCCGGCGUGAUGAGCAGAUCGCUGCGCUCAUCGAGAAGGCGAAGGAGAGGGAGAGGGGAUCGGGCUGCUGUGUCCAGAACGACAAUUCGGGCUGCGUGCAGACCCUGCCUGAAGACUGUUCGGAGACUCUCGCUAGCUUUGAGAAAUGGACUGAGAAGACUGGCCCCCCAAUGGAGGGUGCUGAAGGAGUGAGGUCAUCGGGAGCGGUGUGUCACCAGGACCCCCGGACCUGUGAAGAGCCUGCUUCGGCCGUGCCUCACAUCUGGCCGGACGACAUCACGAGGUGGCCGAUCUGCACCUAUCAGGGCAAGAACAACCACACAGGCCUGAAGCACAUGGACUGUGCCAUCAAGGGCAGACCCUGCUGCAUCGGGACCAAGGGAAGGUGUGACAUCACCACUCGUGAAUACUGCACCUUCAUGCAGGGAUACUUCCACGAGGAGGCCACGCUCUGCUCACAGGUGCACUGUCUGGACAAGGUGUGUGGUCUGCUGCCCUUUCUGAACCCAGACUUUCCAGACCAGUUCUACAGACUGUGGCUCUCCUUGUUUCUGCAUGCUGGGGUUAUCCACCUCGCGGUGUCGGUGGUCUUCCAGAUGACGGUGCUGAGGGACCUGGAGAAGCUGGCGGGCUGGCUGCGCAUCUCCAUCAUCUACAUCCUGAGCGGCAUCACCGGGAACCUGGCCAGCGCGCUGUUCCUGCCCUACCGAGCCGAGGUGGGACCAGCGGGCUCCCAGUUCGGCUUGCUCGCCUGCCUGUUUGUGGAGCUGAUCCAGGGCUGGCAGAUCCUGGAGAAGCCGUGGAAGGCGUUCUGCAAGCUGCUGGGCGUGGUGCUCUUCCUGUUCCUGUGCGGGCUGCUGCCCUGGAUCGACAACAUCGCGCACAUCUUCGGCUUCCUGAGCGGGCUGCUGCUGUCCUUCGCUUUCCUGCCCUACAUCACCUUCGGCACGUCAGACAAGUACCGCAAGCGCGCCCUCAUCCUGCUCACUCUGGUCGCCUUCCUGGGGCUCUUCUCCUCGCUCAUCAUCUGGUUCUACAUCCACCCCAUCCACUGGCACUGGCUGGAGCACCUCACCUGCCUGCCCUUCACCAGCAAGUUCUGUGAGAAGUAUGACAUCGACCACGUGCUGCACUAGCCUUCCUCCGGCCGUGCAGUCCAGGGGGGCUCCCCAAGCGAGGGUGGGGCAGCUGUGUGGCUGUGCAGCUGUGCAGGGGGGCUGCUCACAGAGAGGCUGACUCACUCAGGCAACACAGUGUACUGUUUACUACAGACUUUAAAUUUACAAUGAGGGGGAGAGAGAGAGGGAGAGAGAGGGAGAGAGGAGGGAGGGAGGGAGGGAGAGUGAGAGUCAGGAAGGUGCUUCUGUGCUGAAGUGUGGAGUGUGUCAGGAGGUGCUUCUGUUUUUUAAUAACAGUAAUUGUAGAAUUGUUUCAAACCACUCCUUCCCGGCACGUUAUCAGAUUUGAGAAGUUUCUCAAACUUUCGAAAUCCUGCGUGGAAGUAGUUCCGGUGAGUGUGAUUAGGGUCACAGGGGAAGCCUGGCAUGGGUCGGACGGCUCUCUUCCUUGACUGGAUGAGAAGUGUGUGCCCAGGCUGGUCUCUCCGUGGCACUGCCAUACAGACUGGCAGGGGUGUUUGAGGGAUUAGGGAACUGAGUGAAACCAGUGUCUGUCACUGGCUUAAAGCUAUAAAAGGUGACUGAGAAAUGGAUUAAGCCUUAAUCGAGGGAGAUUGACUUUGUAGGGCUUUGAUUAGCCAUUCCCUCCUCAUAGCUCUGUAUCAACCGAGGCACAUACAGUACUGUACGGGGAGAUGACGUUGCAUUCCGUGAUGCGAUGUUCUAGUUUGAUAGAUUGCUGUUACUUUGUUUAAUGCUGUGAGACGACCAUCAGGACUGACAGAGCUGUAUCAUUCUGGAUGAUCUCAAUGAACCAGUUAAAGCACAGCCAGCCUGGUGUACUUUUUUAGACUUUACCUUCAUCUUCUAUAAAACCACUGGGUGCUGCCAUUCAGAAACUGUAUGUCUGAGGGUCCAGGCUGAGUCUUGUACAUUUCCUGUUUUCUUACUGAGAAUCUGUGUGUUUGGUUUCCUCUUGUCCUCACAUUUAAUAACCUGCACUGUGAUAACCUGUGUAAAUCCUACAAAAUGUAUGUGUGAGCGAGUAUGGAUAACUCCAUUAGUUGCUGUACAUGCAGCAUCAGACACAUGUUUGUGUUAUUUAUUUAACAAAAAAAAAAGGUCCUAAAACAUUUUGUGAUGCAAAUGUGCAAAAAUCACUUGUUUGUUUGGUAAAUUGAAUUAUAGAAUACUAUUGUUUUUUGUGUUUUUUUACUUGAAAUAAAAUGAUUAAAGAUACAGACCCUG